AGAGUGUAAAGUGGGCUUAAUUCAUAAAAUGCAGCCCACCAGAGGUAUUGAUAUCAAAUAUUUCUGACACGUAGCAAUGUCGUCCUGGUGAAGCAACCACGUAUCCAACAAUAUUCAACUCCUAUUUUCAGGAAAAACAAAAUUGAUGGUAAUCUGAUUAUGAGCAAAAGUAUGAAUUAAUGGCGGUGGGAAGAGGUGGGAGAAGCCUUAUGGGACCAUUGUUGGUCAUAAACUUAGUAGUUUAUUUAAUUGUACUAGGACUCGCUGGCUGGUCACUUAACAAAUACAUUGAUGGCGAACAGAAUCAUCCUCAUUUAGGUGGGAAUCCAUCGACAAGUUUUAUGUUGAUGUUUGCAUUGAUUGGGGGAGUGAUGGGUGCUUCCUCUAUGCUAGCUGGAUUUGUUCAUCUCCGAAAAUGGACGUGUCACACUUUGGCUACUGCUGCUUCUUCAGCUAUCAUCUCUUGGUCCAUUACUGUUCUUGCUUUUGGGUACUCUCUAUUCAUGAUCAUUUGCAAACUCAAUUUGUUUCCAAAAUAUAUCUUUAAAAUUGAUCAACUGAUGAUGAUGCAGUUUAGUUUGCAAGCAGAUAAUUAUGGGAGGUCACAGAGGGAAACGUCUGCAAACUUUGGAAGCGUUGAUCACCAUAGCUAUGGUGAGUCAAUUACUCUAUAUACUGUUGCUGCACGCUGGGAUCUUUCGCAGCAGGUACGGCCCUGUUUAUGGUUCCUAUGGACCUCAACACUAGCUUCCUCAAGUCAGCCUUCGUUGCUCCAGCUCUGAAAUUGCACCCUCGAUGAUUAAAAUACCAAAGUUGCUUACAACAUCAGUCUAUAUAAGUUAAAAUACGUGCAGGACCGCUGUUAAUCUGGUCUCCAGAUGGACUGCUUGGUACUUUGUAUGCCCAAUAACACAAUGAAAAUAUGUUAGCAUUUCAAGUGUUUUCUUAA